CGCCGGCGGCAGUGUGCGCCGCGACGUCUCCGAACACGCACGUAGCGUUCGAUCCGGUGCGACACCUCACGACCACAACACAAACAUAGAACCCGCCAUGUCGACGGCGCUGAACGGGCGCGUCAACGGACACGCCAAACUGAACGGCGACCACCGCGGGACCAACGGCUACGCUGAAGAUGCCGAGUGGGCUGCCCAGUUCCUGCCGCCGCCGCUGCGGCUGGGCGAUGAUGGUGCUCGUGCUUUGAAGGUGGAGGCAUGCCUGGCAGAGCUGAACCUGUGCGGCGCCACCCUGCGCCGCGUGGCCAACGUGUUCGAACGGGAGCUCACGAGGGGACUGAGGCAGCAGCCGUCCUCGUUGCAGAUGGAGAACACAUACGUUCCUGAGCUGCCGGAUGGCACAGAGGAAGGCGUGUUCCUCGCGCUGGACCUGGGCGGCACCAACUUCAGGGUGCUGCUGGUGGAGCUGCGCGGCGGCCAGAUGCUGCGCGAGGACGUCAAGCAGUACCACAUCAGCGACGAGCUGCGGCUGGGGCCGGGUGAAGACCUCUUCAACUUCCUCGCGGACUGCGUCCAGGACUUUGUGCGCUCCGAGGGUAUGGAAGACCAAGAGAUGUCACUAGGUUUCACAUUCUCAUUCCCGAUGAAGCAACACUCGAUCUCGUCCGGCGAGCUGAUCACGUGGACCAAGAGCUUCAAGUGCGGCGGCAUGCGCGGCGUGGACGUGGCCGCGCUGCUGCAGCGCUGUCUCCACGACCGCGGGCUCAAGGUCACCGUGCGGGUGCUGCUCAACGACACCACCGGCACGCUGGUGGCCGGCGCGCAGCAGGACCGGCGAGUGGAGAUCGGCGUGAUACUGGGCACGGGCUCCAACGGCUGCUACAUGGAGUCGGCGGCGGCCGUGACGCACUGGGAGGCGGCGCGGCGCGGGCGCGGCUGCGCGGUGUGCGUCGACAUCGAGUGGGGCGCCUUCGGGGACAACGGCUGUCUGGACUUCAUGAGAACGGACUUGGAUAGAGAAGUGGACGCGCGCUCGCUGCUUGUAGGCUCCUUCACAUUUGAGAAGUACAUUGGUGGCAAAUACCUCGGCGACCUGCUGCGGGCGGCGCUGGCGCGGCUGGCCGGCGCGGGGCUGCUGCCCGCCGCGCCGCCGCCCGGCACCAUCACCUCGGAACAUGUCAGCUUCUUCGAGGAGGACAACGAGAACGGCUCGACAACGCGCACGCUGGCGGCGCUGCGCGCGGCGUGCCCCGAGUCGGCGGCGGCGUGGCGCGACGCCGACGCGCUCGUCGCACAGCACGCCGCCAGGAUGUGCUCCAACCGCGCCGCGCAGCUCGUCUCAGUCUGCGUGGCCGUGUUAGUGCAGCGCAUGGCGCGGCCGCACGUGGUGGUGGCCGUGGACGGCUCCGUGUUCAAGCGGCACCCGAGGAUCCGCGGCCUCAUGGAGAAGUACAUCGCCUUGCUGCAACCUUACGAGUUCUCUCUGAUGGGCGCCGAGGACGGCAGCGGCAAGGGCUCCGCGCUCACCGCCGCCAUCGCCGCGCGCAUCGCCGCGCAGGACAACUAGGACAAAC